UCGUGAUAAUUUGGAGACUCAGCUAGGCUCAGGGUUGGAUACCUUGCCCGUUGCCAAUUCCAGGUUAUACAAACACAUGAACCUGAAAAACAUACAAAAAUGUACUUCACUCCUGAAUCAUUCUCUUCAUAUAUUCUCUUCCACUUCGAACACAAUGAUCCGCAAACUAACCUCUUAUUCCCUCCCGCCAAAUUCAACAAACUCAAAAUUUGCAAUUUCUAACAGUAACCUAAAACAGGCCUUGUUAGAAAUGGCCUUCCAGGGUACUGAAAUGAAGUUUGAAGGCUAUGAUUUGCUGUUAAACGAGUGUGUAAGCCAAAAGGGUCUCAUAGAAGGCCAGAGAGUCCAGGCCCACAUGAUCAAAACCCAGUAUCUUCCACCUGUGUAUCUCAGAAACAGGUUGAUUGUUUUUUACACGAAGUGUGAGUGCCUGGAAGAUGCCAGGAUGGUGUUUGAUGAAAUUCCUGAGAGGAAUGUUGUUUCUUGGACGGCUAUGAUAUCGGGUUAUUCGCGGAGAGGGUAUGCCUCGGAAGCUCUUGUUCUUUUUGUAGAGAUGUUAAAGUCAGGUAUUGAACCUAAUGAGUUUACAUUUGCGACUGUUCUUACAUCUUGCUCAGGAGUCUCCGGGCUCCUCCACGGGAGGCAAAUCCAUAGCCAUAUAAUAAAGUUGAGUUUUGACGCCCAUGUGUAUGUUGGAAGCUCACUUCUUGACCUGUAUGCCAAAACGGGUUGGAUCCAUGAAGCACGAGUGGUGUUUGAUGGCUUGCCAGAGAGGGAUGUUGUUUCUUGCACUGCUAUCAUUUCAGGCUAUGCUCAGUUGGGUUUUGACGAAGAGGCUUUAAAGUUAUUCUGUCAGUUGCAGGAAGAGGGAAUGAUCUCCAAUUAUGUAACGUAUGCCAGUGUUUUGACUGCAAUAUCUGGUCUUGCUGCAUAUGAACAUGGAAGGCAAGUUCACAGCCAUGUACUUAGGUUUCAACUGCCAUCCUACGCGGUUCUUCAGAAUUCUUUGAUUGAUAUGUAUUCAAAAUGUGGAAACCUCACAUACUCAAGAAGGAUAUUCGAUAACAUGUCUGAAAGAACUGUCAUAACAUGGAAUACGAUGCUUGUAGGAUAUAGCAAACAUGGAAGAGGACAGGAUGCUGUUAAGGUUUUUGAAUUAAUGAGAGAAGAAAAUAAAGUUUUGCCUGAUAAAGUUACGUUUUUGGCUUUGUUAUCUGCUUGUAGCCAUGGAGGGAUGGAAAAUAGAGGACUAGAAUUUUUUGAUGAGAUGGUGCGUGGAAAAACUGGCGUUGAGCCAGAUAUUGGACAUUAUGGGACUGUUGUUGAUUUGCUUGGACGCGCUGGACAAAUAGAAAAGGCAUUUAAAUUUGUAAAGGAUAUGCCAUUUGAACCAACUGGUGCAAUUUGGGGUUCACUCUUAGGUGCUUGUAGUGUUCACCAGAAUGUUGACAUUGGACAGUAUGUUGGUAGUCAACUAUUAAUAAUAGAACCUGAAAAUGCUGGUAAUUAUGUAGUUCUUUCAAAUCUGCUCGCAUCCGCAGGAAGGUGGAAUGAAGUAAGAGUGGUAAGGGAUAUGAUGAUGGAGAAGGCCAUAACAAAGGAGCCAGGAAAGAGCUGGAUUGAAUUGGAUAAAACCAUUCACACUUUCCAUGCAGAUGAUCGAUCACAUCCACAGAAGGAAGAGGUAGCAGAAAAGGUAAGAGAGAUGUCAGUCAAGGUUAGGGAAGCUGGUUAUGUCCCAAAUCUGUCUUGUGUAUUAUAUGAUGUAGAUGAGGAGCAGAAAGGGAAAAUGCUGCUGGGGCAUAGUGAAAAGCUGGCUUUGGCUUUUGCACUAAUGUGUACCCCUCAAAAAAGGCCUAUUCGAGUAAUGAAAAAUCUCCGCAUCUGCGUUGAUUGCCAUAAUUUUGCCAAAUUUGUAUCUAAAAUUUAUGAAAGAGAAAUAUAUUUAAGGGAUAAAAGCCGAUAUCAUCAUAUUGUUGAUGGUGUCUGUUCAUGUGGAAACUAUUGGUGACUAUAAACUGUCAUGUCUUUUGUAAAAAAAAAUUUUUCUUGUUACAUUUCGCAAUCUUUGAUGGA